AUGAAUUCACUCUACAAUCAUGCAUUGAAGCAGGUCAACGCUCUACAACGGGACCUCGAAAAGUUUCAGUCUGGCGAAGACACCAGUGUAGCUCUUCAGGGCCAGAUUGCUGCUACCGUCAAUGCCUUCAAGCGAUCGAUUGAUGAUUAUGAUGCUAUGGCCAAGAAGGAGAUGAUUGAUGCCAAGCGAGAAAAAGCGUUUGCACGUGUUACAAAGUUUAGAGAAGACUAUGACUCUAUCAACAAAAGCUUCGCGCAACUAAAGAAUCGAGAAGAGCAGGCGUCGCAUGCUAGGAAUCGUUCGCAGUUGCUGGAGAGAAGACACUCACGGGCAGUGGAACACCCAUACCAAACAGCAUCAGUAUCGCCUUAUCUGCAGCAGGCUCAUGCUAUCAGAGAGCGAGAUUUUGCUCAAAAGACAAGCUCAGUUUUGGACGACAUGCUGCAACAAGGAAAAGAUGUGCUUGACGAUCUCUAUCAACAGCGACCGAUGCUUAAAUCAACGCAACGCAAGAUAUUGGAUGCUGCCAAUACCCUUGGUCUGUCUCGCAAUGUGAUACAGUUGAUCGAACGCAGGAGCGCAGAGGAUAAAUGGAUAUUUUAUGCUGGUGUCAUUAUCACCUUGCUCGCCAUGUGGGCCAUCGUUCAUUACCUUACUUGA